UAUAAUCAUUUCAUAAAAUUGAAGUUUCCUUUACCUCUUUUCUUUUUGAUACCCUUUUGUGCUUCAUAGAAAUAUAUAAUUUUUUUUUUCUGGGAUAAUAUGAAGUGCCUAGUUACCGUGUUGUUCUUCUUGUGGAUGGCUUCCUAUUGCUCAUGCCGUCUAAUAUCCGAGGCUACUGGAAGGAGGUUUAAUGUGCUCGACUAUGGUGCUGAUGGAAAUGGCAAAAUCGAUGCUACACCGGCUUUCCAAAAAGCAUGGGGGGAUUUCUGUCAAGCAAGUGAAGAAAUGCCAACCCUUGAAGUACCAGCAGGGAAGACGUUCUUGUUGAAGUCGGUCUCGUUCAGUGGCCCUUGCAUGUCCAAGAACCCUCAUGUUUUGAUCGAAGGUACAAUCGUUGCACCAAACAGCUUUGAUUCAUGGGAUGAUGAUGAUUAUCAAAAAUGGAUUGGAUUCACAGCCGUUGUUGGUCUCAUUGUUGAUGGAGGGGGAAGAUUUGAUGGACGAGGAGAAGCUUGGUGGAAAGCUUGCAAUGAUAAUGAUAGUGCCUGCUCGAAACGUCGUCAGGCUCUCCAUUUCAACAAAUGCAAUGGUCUCCGACUAAGUAACUUGCACCAUGUCAACAGCCAAAAAGGUCACAUAUGCAUAAAUGCAUGUGAUGAUGUCGAAGUCUCCAAUCUUCAAAUCCUUGCACCAGAUGAGAGCCCAAAUACUGAUGGGAUUGAUAUCUCUGAGUCAAACCAUGUCAACAUCCACGACUCUUUUAUAGGAACCGGUGAUGACUGUAUUGCCAUCAAUGGUUUUUCCACUUCCAUUAAUGUUACUGGUGUCAAAUGCGGGCCAGGCCAUGGUAUAAGUAUUGGAAGUCUAGGAAAGGAUGGAGCCUAUGAAACAGUAGAAGAUGUCCAUGUUAAAAGCUGUGCCUUCAAAGGAACUCAGAAUGGUGUACGAAUCAAGACAUGGGAGACCGGAUCAGGAUAUGUCAGGAAGAUCACAUUUGAGGAUAUCACAUUUGUAAAUUCCGAAAACCCUAUUAUUAUUGACCAACAGUACAAUCCUAAUGGAAACAGGGGUGGCUCAGGAAUAAAAAUCAGUGAUGUUACAUACCGCAAUGUGCGUGGAUCUUCAGCUGAUGAGGUAGCAAUCGCUUUGAAUUGUGCUGGCAAAGCGGCUUGCACCAACAUUGUAAUGGACAACGUUAAGAUUACCUCCUCCAAUCCUGGAAAACAAAUACGCGCCUCUUGCAAUAAUGCCAAGGGAACUGCCAUCUCUGCCUCUCCAACUGUGCCCUGCCUAUCAAGUUGACUAUAGCCUUUUCAGUGCAGCUGCAGUUGUAAUUUGGAAACUAUAAUAUUAUUUCACUCAAUGUCCCCAGCUCUCAAAGAUAGGUGGUAUAGAAUAAUGCAGCAAUUGGCAGCAAAGUCUUCUAUGGGAUGUUAUCCAAAGAGACUAUUGGCAGUGUAGAGUUUAUGAAGUAAUUUCAGUCACACUCUUAAGGUUUA